AUGUCUAAAAAGGAGCCGGAUCCCCCUUCGGAGUUUAGUCAAAUUCAGAACAUGGGCACGUUAACGCCCAAAAUCAAAGAAAUGGUUCGUCUGAGAUCGCUGAGACGUUUCUUCAUGUUUUUUCUGCUUCCGAUUGUAUUCAGUCCAAUUCCGUUGAUUAUUGGAACGCCGCCGGCUUCUUGUGCUUAUGUCAUCUUCGUUAUGGGAUUUUUCUGGGUAACCGAAACACUUCCUCUGCCUGUGACUGCAUUAAUCCCGACUAUUGCCUAUCCACUGCUAGAUAUUGAACCGGCUGAGGCUGUCUCUUCAGCAUAUCUGAACGAUUCUAAUAUGAUGUUCUUUGGUUCUAUGGUUAUGGCUGUUGCGGUAGAAUCUUCUCGUUUACACGAGCGUGUUGCUCUGCGAACACUGUGUUUUACCGGUGCUAAUCCUCGCUUUUUAAUGCUUGGAUUGCAAGUUGCAACAGCUUUUAUUUCUUUGUGGAUGUCAAAUACCUCAACUACUACCAUGAUGCUGCCCUUGGUGCUUGCGCUUAUUAAAGAAUUGGAUAUGUGUGAACGUUUAGAGACUGAAUCAUUAAAUUCGUCAAGAGAUUCUGCUGAUACAGUCUCUCAGAUGUUGGUUCUUUCGGAUAAUAAGCAACAGCGGCGUAUCUACAAAGGUCUUUUACUUUCAAUUGCUUAUGCUUCUGCAAUUGGUGGCGCUGGCACCCUGAUUGGUACUAGUUCAAUUAUUUCCAUGAAUAGCCAUUUCCAGAGCCUUUAUGGUGAUAAAAAUCCUGUGGCCUUCUUUUCUUAUAUGUGUUAUUCUAUUCCACAGCUUAUUAUUCUUCUAUUAAUCUGUUGGAUUUGGCUUCAAUUUUUGUUUAUUGGAUUUUGCAAUAACAACAAGAAAAACAAUCAAGUUGUUAAUGACAUGAUUGUCAAAAAAUAUAAGGAAUUGGGGCCUAUGCGAUAUGAAGAAUUGGUUGUGUUAAUUUCCUUUCUGUCGCUAAUUGCUUUGUGGUUAUCUCGCCCUGCUUGGACUAAACUGUUCACUGCAAGUUAUGUGACUGAUGGAACGGCAUCAAUGCUAAUUUCCAUGUUGCUUUUUGUUUUGCCUGCAGAAAAUCCAUUUUCAUCGGCAACCGUGGACAAACUUUUAGAAAACAAAGAUGAGCCUAUUCGUACUAUAAUAACUUGGAAGUUAAUGAGGGAAAAAUUUUCUUGGUCAACCCUCUUUCUGAUUGCUAUCAAACUGUCAGCAAUGCAAUGGAUGCCUCCAUGGGCCUUCAUCGCAUUUUCGAGUGGAAUUGUUUGCCUGUUGACUGAAUUCGCUAGCAAUACAGCUACAGCAGCCGUCUUUAUGUAUCAAAAUUAUUGUUACAUUUACCCUGAAAAAUAUUUUAUUUUUAGCCCUGUGGUUGCUUCUAUUGCGAUUGCUCAAGAUAUUAAUCCACUUACCUAUGUAUUGCCGGUUACCUUUGCAUCGUCCUUCUCAUUUAUGUUUCCUUCGGGCACCCCACCAAACGCUGUUGUCUUCUCUGCAAAAAUAUUGCAUGUUUCUGAUAUGAUUUUGGGUGGAUUGGUUCUGAAAAUUGGUUCAUUCAUUCUAUGCCAAGUAUUUGCUCAGACUUUUGCGCCUUUGGUUUUUGAUUUUAGUAUCUUGAAUGUCACUGUUACGGAGACGACUAUGGCUCUCUAA